UAUGUCCUGGUUGUGACGAGUAUAAAGGAAGUUGUAGUUGGUAGUUUCAAUCAAAGGGAAAUAAGGCUUGUGUAAUACUUCCAAGAUGACAAGAUUUGUAGUUGGUGCUGUGGUCUUUUGCUUAGCUUUUAAACACAGCUGGACUCUUUCCUUACCUAUAUUGGAUUGUCCAUUCAGAAAAUGUCCAGCCACAGAAUGCGUGAACGGUUUUCUCCUAGAUGAAAACGGGUGUCCAACAUGUGAAUGCAAUCAAUGUCCACCUUCAAUAUGUCCACUCAUCAAAUGUCCCAUUGUGCAUGUCACAGACGCAAACGGGUGCGUUGACUGCCGGUGUGGACCACAGCCUUGUCCCGCUCUCGACUGUUGGAACAUUGCCAAGUGCCCUUACGGCUUUGCCACUGACUCUAACGGCUGCAAGACGUGCAGGUGUGCCCCAAAGCCUUGCCCCAUCCUGGACUGUUUGUUCAACAUCAAAUGCCCUUACGGCUUCGCCACUGACUCUAACGGCUGCAAAACGUGUAAAUGCGCCCCUAAGCCUUGCCCCAUUUUAGACUGUCGGCAGGACAUCUUCUGCCCUAACGGUUUCGCAACAGACGCCAACGGCUGUCAGACCUGCAGCUGUAAACCCAAAUGCGAGCUCCCCGUGUGCCCGAAUAUCAAGUGCCCUAACGGCUUCGCAACAGACGCCAACGGCUGUCAGACCUGCAGCUGUAAACCCAAAUGCGAACUCCCCGUGUGCCCGAAUAUCAAGUGCCCUAACGGUUUCGCAACAGACGCCAACGGCUGUCAGACCUGCAACUGUAGACCCAAAUGCGAGCUCCCCGUGUGCCCGAAUAUCAAGUGCCCUAACGGGCUUGCCACCGACGCCAACGGCUGUUUAACAUGCCAGUGCAAAGAAUGCCCAAUUGUUGCUUGCAAAUGUCCAAAUGAAACAAUAUGGUUUGAAAAAAAUGGCUGCAAGGUCUGUUCUUGCCAGUCUCGGUUCAUUGAAUUGCCUAUUGAUACUCUUGCUUAAAAAUCGACAGUCAAUCUUUCUUUUAUUCUUUUUGUAUUUUGUUGUAGGAUUUUAUUAAAACACAUAUUUUCUACCGAAA